CUGACAUUCAGAGAGCAAAAAAUUCUUGAUUUAACUGUGAUAUUGUAAAUCUGGCAACACUUUCAUCAAAGUGCAGGAGGUAUUGGCUUUUUCUAUAACUUAACAAGAAUAAGGGCAGUCACAAAUUUAAAAAGUGAAUACGCGCUUUGAAUUUUUAAGUUUAAAAAAAAACGUUACUGAAGUCCUUAACAAAACUAAGCUUCUUUGUGAUUCACUUCUAAAUCCAAAAACUUGUGAAAACGAAAGAGACAUCUAAUAAGUACUGAAAAAGUUGUCUUUAAAUUAAAAAAAAUUUGGGAAAGACGGUUGUGUCACUUUGUAUGAAUUUAGAACUUUGAUAGAGAUAGAGAAAUGGCGAAGAAAGAAUAUUUUCCUUUUGAUUUAAAGGAAUUUAUGAAAGAACUUAAAUAUAUCAAAACUUUAGAUGAUUUGGCUUUACCGCCUCGCCAAAAGGUUAAUUCAAAGGGGAAUUCAAGUGAUAAGGUACGCAGCAAUCGUGGUUUAAAGGUGAAAAAUUCUAAGAAAUCAGGAAAAUUAUCGAUGUCUGAACUAAAUAGGAAACUGCGAUUAGAUUUCAAUCUUACAAAUGAUGAAAUUCAAUCAAACCAAUGCACAACAAGUUCUGCUGAAAGUUGUAAUCGAAAAUCCUUAAAAAAUCCCUCUUUAGGCAUUCCACCAAAUGAUGAUUUUUGUUGGACAACUGACCCUUCAGGCCCUUUCAAUAAGCCAUUGUUAGGAGAAGGUCAAUUGGACGACACUCAGUUAUGGCAUUUUCCAUCUCUAUCGAAUUCAAAUUCGAAUUUAUUACAAAGUAUCAACUUAGAUAUUCACCCAACCGAAAAUCCAGAAAAGGGUAGUCAAAUAUUAAAACAAUUCAAUCAAGAGAGUUUUUGUUCAAACGUUGCAUGUCUUCAAAAAAGUAAGCGUUCCUCUUUGUCGAAAGAUAUGUCAUCAGAAAUGUUGCAAAAAAAUACUACUGAAGGUUUUAAAAAAUCAUGUCACUGCAUGCAAUGCGGUACGCAAUACGAUACGCCUACCGUGUCUACGCAUUUGCAAUUACGUAUGAACGCAGACCAGUCAACUUCAAGUUUUAAGUGUAAUACUUGUGGAUAUGUCAUUAUGGAAAAGGAGAGGCUAGGACACCAAGUAAGACAUGAAUUAUAUGGUUCCGCAUACAGACCAAAACCUCAGCAACGCAAGAGAUAUUUCUGAAGAUAUUUCAAAACGAUGUCUAAGUUGAAUACGGUAAAUUUGAGAAAAAUACAUUUAUGGCUUAAAAAAGGUGGCAUUUGGGGCAUGUAGUGCAAAUGAAAAAAUGAAAUGGAUACAAUUUAUACGAAAAUAUCUAUGCAACCCUUAUCUAUUCU